AUGAAGAAGAUCAAAGACACCGUUCUUCGCAUCCGAGCGAGGGCUUCGGCCACGCGAGAGUGCAUCCGAGCAAGGCUUUCGACCAUGUGCAAGUUCAAAAAAGCGACAACUUCGGUGGCUCCGGAUCCAGCGGCUUCGGCGGUUCAGCACAAGUCUGACCAAGCCAUUGAGCUAGUCCCGGCGUCCCAAAAGAUGGCUCAUACAUACAUGUAUUCCGAUACCCCGCUUCGCUAUCUUGCCCCUUCCACCAACCUUAACACUGAUGAAAUAAACUGGUUGUCCUUUGGCGAGUGGGGUUCAUUCGAGAAGCGCUUCCACGAUGACAUGAGAAGGUACCCCCCAGAGAUGAUCGUGGACCGACGUAGCCCAUGCCCAUUCAAUUGGCUGCCGCUGGAUAUUCGCGCUAAGAUAUGGAAGUAUGUUUUCGGAGACACCAAGGAAGCCAUAUUUCUUAGAAAGGAUGGUAUUGCACCAAAGAUCCCAACUUCCAUGCGAUUUGUGUCGCUCGACUUGAUGUCAGAGGCUUGGUUUGCAUGGGUCAAUUCAAUGAGCAACCGGACUCUGGUGGUGAUGGACUUCCCGCGACACGCCUAUCUUGAACCACCCUGCCCAAUUCUUCGAGAUCUGUCGGCAGUCCGCCUCCGAGCACUCAAGUUAACACUUGGAGACAACAACGCCGAGAAGGCGGCGAGGAGAAGCCGGCAGUUGGUGAAGUUCAUCUCAAAGCACAGAGAUGAUGGCCUCCUCGCCACUCGCACGUUGAUUAUUGAGUUGCGAAAGAACUGGACAAGCGGUGGCUUCACCGAGGUGGAUCUUGCAGGCCUUCUGACCUGCGGAGCUUUCGCUCACAUUGAGCGCAUCCGUAUUCACGGAUGGAUCAGAAGUGAGAGCUUGGACCGGCUUUUGAAGCGAGCCCAGCGGAUGGCCUAG